CGCUGCCCCCGCGCGCUGCCGGCGACCCGCCCCUGCUGCCCGUGCCGCCUGGCGGGCCGGACGGCUCGAGGCACCGGGCGGGCUUGGGCGACCCGCUGUCGGCCCCGCCGCGGUUCCCCGGGGGGCCCUCGGCGCCGCCAGGCUCUCUGCUGGAGCCCCAGCGGUUCCUGCUCUCGGCGCCGCCGCACCACGCCCGCCUCGACUGCGACCUUGGGGACCAGAUCGGGCUGCGGACCGUGGAGCAGACGCUGCCGCCCCGCCCCGCCGAAGAGCUGCCCCGCACGGAGGACCAGCUCGGGCCCAGCGCCACGGAACGGCCAACGCCGCGUACUGCAGGGCAGUGGUCGCCGCCCUCGGCCGGCGCCGCCGAGCAGCUGCUUCCUGGCUCCAUGGACCAGCUGCCCUACUCCCUGGAUCGAUGGACCAGCUGGCGCCGCGCACCCCCGAGCAGCUAGAGCCGCGCACGGAGGAACACAUGUGGCGGCCUGCCGAGCAGCAACUACCCGAACCAGUUGGUUCGGGCCCCCCCCGCUCCCUGGACUACCUGCCACCGUUUACAGCGGAGACACCGCCCCGCUCCAUGGACCAGCUGCCGCCGCGAACAGCGGAGUCGAUGCCUCCGCGCACGGCCGAGCAGCUGCUUCCCCGGUCCAUGGACCAGCUGCCGCCGCGGACGGCAGAUCGAUGCCUCUGCGCACGGCCGAGCAGCUGCUUCCCCAGUCCAUGGACCAGCUGCCACCGCAGACGGCGGAGUCGAUGCCUCCGCGUACCGCCGAGCAGGUGCUUCCCAGGACUAUGGACCCGCUGCCCCCGCGAACGGCGGAGUCGAUGCCGCCGCGUACUGGCGAGCAGCUGUCUCCCAAUACAAUGGGCCAAGUCCCCCCGCGAACAGCGGAGUCGAUGCCUCCGCACACCGCAGAGCAGUUCACACCUAGCAAUCAGCGUGUUUAUACGAUGCCGCCCAGCGCCGAGCAGGUGUUUGCUGGCUCCGCCGAGGAGCUGCCUGGACCAGCUGGCGUGGGCCAUCCCCGUUCCCUGGACUACCUGCCGUCGCCUACAGCGGAGACACCGCCCCGGUCCACGGACCAGCUACCACAGCGGACGGCGGAGUCGUUGCCUCCGCGCACCCCCGAGCAGCUAGAGCCGCAGACGGCGCAGUCGAUGCCUCCGCGCACGGCCGAGCAGCUGCUUCCCCGCUCCAUGGACCAGUUGCCGCCGCGAACGGCGGAGUCGAUGCCUCCGCGCACGGCCGAGCAGCUGCUUCCCAGGUCCAUGGACCAGUCACCGCCGCGGACGGCGGAGUCGAUGCCUCCGCGCACGGCCGAGCAGCGGCUUUCCCAGUUCAUGGACCAGUUGCCGCCGCAGACGGCGGAGGAGCCGAUGCCUCCGCGCACGGCCGAGCAGCUGCUUCCCCGCUCCAUGAACCAGCUGCCGCCGCAGACGGCGGAGUCGAUGCCUCCGCGCACGUCCGAGCAGCUGCUUCCCCGCUCCAUGGACCAGCUGCCGCCGCGGACGGCGGAGUCGAUGUCUCCGCGAACGGCCGAGCAGCUGCUUCCCCGCUCCAUGGACCAGCUGCCGCCGCGGACGGUGGAGUCGAUGCCUCCGCGUUCGGCCGAGCAGCUGCUGCUGCCUGGCGCCGCGGCGGUGCCCGCGGUUGGAGAGCUGUCGCCUGCCGACCAGGAGCAGCUCAGCUACGAGGGCGGGCCCUACUCGAUGCCCUACUACGAGAGCGGGGCCUCCUUGAUGGCGCAGCAGCAGUACGCUGCCCAGAUCACGGAGCUCGAGGCCCUGGCCACGGAGUACGUGCAGCGCAACCACGACCUCGAGUCUGUGCUAGCGUCCAUGAAGUCGGCCGAGGAGAAGCAGCUGGAAGAGAUCGAGGUGCUGAGAUCGAGGCUGCUGCUGGCGGAUCACGCGGGCCCCCAUGACCCGGAGUCGUCCAAGGACGAGGCCGAUCGCCAGCUGAGGAUCGACGAGUUGGAGGGCCGUUCUGCAGAGAUGCAGCUGGCGCUGGAAGGCGCCGCCGUUGCCGCGGAACGGCAGAACGUGAUACAGCAGGACCUGGAGAAAUUGCUCGAGGAGAGUGAGGCCUCGAAUCGUGCACUGGAGAUGGAGGUAGAGCAACUGAGGCACGCGGCCAGCAGUGCCGCCGAGGCCGAGAGAGCCCAGCGCGAGGCGGCCGCCGCAGAGGCCAGCGGCCUGCGCAUCGAGGCCCUGGAAGAGGAGCAGCAUGCCAUGAAGCUGGCCCAGUCCGAGCUCGUCGAGCGUGCGGACCUUCUUGCCAGUCGGAACUCGCAGCUGGAGGCGGAGAUCCUGGCCCUCAAGCAGGAGCACGUCCACGUCGCGGACCUCGAAGAGGAGGCCCGGGCCGCGGCGGACGAGCAGGGCUCCCGCGCGGCGCGGCUGGAGAAGGAGCUCGACGCCGUCAAGCUCGACGCGGAGGUCCAGGCGGUGGAGGCCCGCGCCGUCGCCGAGGAGCACCUGAGGCGCAGCGCGGAGCUGGAGGAGCUGCUGAGGGUGCAGGCCGUGGAGGUGGAGCUCCUGAGGCAGGAGCGCGCGCAGGCGUUCGAGCACCAGGAGGAGGCCCAGUCGAUCGCCGAGCAGUCCGCUGGGCGCAGCCGCGAGCUGGAGGCCGAGGCCAUGGGUCUCCGAGAGGAGCGCGACCGCGCGCUCGCCGCGGAGAGCGAGGCCGUACGCCUGGGGGAGCAGCAGGCGCGCAGGCUCCAGGAGCUGGAGGCGCAGGCGGAGGCGGAGGGCCAGGGCCGGGCGCGCGCGCAGCAGCUGGAGGGCGAGGUGCGCGCCCUGCACGAGGAGCGCGGGCGCUGGGCGGAGGCAGAGGCGGAGGCCAGGUCCGCCAAGGAGGGGCACGCGAGCCAGAUGUCGGCGCUGGAGGCUGCCCUGGCGGACGUGGACAGCGGGCGGCAGCAGGGCCUGGCGCACAUCGCGGAGUUGGAGCGGGUGCUGGCGGAGGCGGGCCAGCGCAACGAGGAGCUGGAGGCGAGGCUGGCUGCCCAGCAGGGGGACCAGGAGCUGCUGGCCCGCGGGGCAAAGCGGAUCGAGGAGCUGGAGGCGCAGGUGGCGAAGGACCGGCAGUGCAAGCAGGAGUUUGAAGAGUUGCUGGCCCGCGGGGCGGCGCGGAUCGAGGAGCUGGAGGGGCAGGUGGCGCAGGGCCAGCAAUGCAAGCAGGAGCUCGAGAAGGAAGUUGCGCAGCGAGAGAGGCGCAGCCAGGAGCUCGAGGGCCUGCUCGGGGCUGCGGAGGACAGGGGGCGGCAGCUGGACGAUCUGGCAGAGGAGGGGCUGACCCGCACCCGCGAGCUGGAGCGCCUGCUCGUGCAGCGAGGCGAGGAGCUGGAGGAGCUCCGGGCGAUGGCGGCCGCGCGCGCGGAGGAGCUCAAAGAGCAGGUCGGCCAUGCGCGGCAGGAGCAGUCGGGGCACCUGCAGCUCGAGCUGGACAAGCUGGCCAUCGAGCACUCCCGGCGCUCGAAGGAGCUGGAGGACCAGGUGUCGAUACACGUGAGGCGCACCUCGGAGUUGGAGGCCGAGCUCAGGAGGUCGAGGCAGACCGAGGAGGAUCAGCUCGCGCGCAUCGCGCAGCUGGAGCAGGCGAUCGGCAGCCAGGACGCCAGGCAGGCCAGGCAGCUGGCCGAGUUCUCCGCGGUCUCCCAGCAGAUGAGUGAGCUGGAGGAGGUGAUCGGCAAGGUGCGGCGGAUGGAGCGAGACCUCGCCAGCCAAAACACCACGGUCGCGGAGCUGAGCGACAGGGUCAACGAGCAGGCCCGCGGCAGGAGCAACGGCGAGGCGGCGCUGCUGAGCGGCGAGAUGGUGCGCCUGGGCUGCGCCGUCGAGGAGCUGCGGGACCAGCUCGGCGAGCGGGGCCUGCGCGGCAGGCUGGACGAGGAGAUGUCGCGGCUGAGCGCGCUGAGCGCGACCGUGGCGGAACUCAGCGCCCAGGUCGCCGCCGCGACGCCGCAGCCGCUGAGCAGGCCGAUCUCACCGAUCCCGUCCGACGUGUCGCGCGUGAUCGCGAGCGGGCGCAGCGUGCCGGCGAGGAUGAGCAGCGCGGUGAUCGCGGGCGGCAGGCGCUUCCCCUCGCCCAGCGCCGCGGCCGCGGGCAGCCCCCCCGACGUGCCUCGCGCGCUCGCGGGCGCCAGGCGAAUCCCCUCGCCCGGCGCCGAGGCCGCGGGCGGCAUGCCGGCGAGGAACGGCAGCGCCCCGCGCCUCGGCGCCGCCGCCGCCCCCGUGGUGACCUUCGGCCCCGGCCCGAGCGAGUGGCUCUCAAGCCAGGCUGGCACCGUGGCGCGGCCCGCGGCCGAGGCCGCCGCGCGGCAGCUCCCCGAGCCGCGCGCGGAGGAGCGGGCCCUGCGGAGCCCCCCGCCGAGCACGGCGGGGCGGCCCCUGCGGAGCCCCGCCGCCGCCGCGCCGGGGGCGCCGCCCGAGCGGGCGGCGUCGCCCGUGGUCACCACGACGACGGUGGGCCCGCUGCGCAUGCGCUUUCCGCACGCGCAGGCGCAGGCGGCCCCGGUGGCCGCCGCGCGCACGCGCAGCCGCAGCGCGUCGCCGAUGCCCGGCGGCAGGCCGGCGGUGCACGCUGCGGGCGUGCCCGCCUCCGGCUCGGCGGCAGGCCGCCCGGUGCCUUUCAUCUUCAACAAGGGCAGCGGGCCGCAGGCUGGGAAGGAGCUGCAGACGCAGGUGGCGCACGCGGCCCAGACGCCGCCGAGGAUGGCGUGGCCGCCGCCACACGCCGGGCUCUCGGCGCAGGUGCCGGUGCUGCGCACCGUCACCGCCCCCGUGUUGGCCGCCCAGCCGGCCCUGCAGAUCGCCAGAGGGUCGACCUGGACUGCAGGGCCUGCCGGCACCGCGGACGGGCCAGAGGCGCUGCAGGUGGCGCCAGGCAGCCCGCCCGGUGGGAUUGCGGGCACCCGCCUGGCGCAGACCGCCGCCGCUGCGUCGGCGCGGCUGUCCCAGACUGUGGCCGGCGCCCAGGAGCCCUUCAGCGUCGACAUACACACCGCCCCGGACAUGGUGCCCAGCGCAGGCGAUCCAGCCGCCGGUCUGGCCGCGACGAUGGCGGGCCUUAUGACGGAGUGGCGCGCGGAGGAUGGUGCUGCCGCGGCGCCGCGCGCUGCAGUGGCGCAGCCGCCCACCAUCUACUAAUGUAGUGCAGGCUAGGCUGGACUGCCUUCCUAGCCGCGUUCAACGCGUUGGUCAAUGUAGUUUGCUGGCAGGGUAGGGCCAGGCGGGCCCUUCGCAAAGCCUUGGCAGCGCCGCCUGCAUGCGCUGGCGUUGCGCAGGCUUAGUCGAGGAUGUGCCUUCCUCCUCCUGCUGCUGCUGCUCCUCCUCCUCCUGCUGCUGCUCCUCCUCCUCCUCCUCCUCCUCAUUCUCCUCCUGGCCACGUGCGCGGCAAGGCAGCAGAAUCCAGCAG